CCUGUGUUGUUUAUGGGCAACGGUCGCACCACUAUUCACUUAUAAUAUAUAGGAAAUAGAAGUUUACUGAGAGUAAAAGAUGUGCGGGAGAGAUCAUCUAUUAAUCUAGCUUUCAAAAAUCCCGUUCCAGACGUCGAGUGCAGGGUUAGAUGCCCUACAUAACAUGUAUGACGUCAUCGGGAAUGAGGGUAUCUGUUACAUUGUGUAUGCAAUUAAUUAGACGUUAAAUGUUAUAAAGAUGACGAAAUGUAGAUAAAUGUUUCGUCAGCCGCCAGAAGUCAACGGAAAUAUCAACAAAUCAACAGAACGGUCAAUAAAUAGAUUUGCGUCAGAGUAUCAAUACAAAGCUAAACAUUAGGUGCCCGCAUCUGCAUCUGCAUCUGCAUCUGCACCGGCGCCGGCGCCGGGCACAAAGCUUACGUGCAAAUUGUGUGUUGUGCUUCUGCGGUAGAUAUUCUGACAAUAGGCAAUUCUAUCUACCGACGUUGCAAAACUAAAGCGAUACUAUUACUAUAAAACAUUUGUGCAGAUUACCUAAAAAAUAUUCGGCAGCGCGUGCUCCGACAUGUCGGACUGCGAGUGCGGCGCGGAGGACCACCACUAUGAGACUUACAAAAGUCCCUUCUGUUCGCACUCGGCUAGCUUCAGCAGCGCGGUGAACUGCGGUGAGCGCACGCCGCUGCUGGCAGCGGCCCGCAGCGACCCCGAACAAACAACAUAUAACACCAUUUCCAGCUCAGACUCACUGGGUCCCGGUGAGAUCUCCGGUCGCGACAUCAUAGAAACGUACAAACGCCUGGAGAAGGAAAACAAGUCGGAGCCGGAGCGGAGGCAGAGCUCGCUGGUCACCAUCUUCUCUGUGUGGAAUACAAUGAUGGGCUCGUCGUUGCUGGCCAUGGCGUGGGGCGUGGCGCGCGCGGGUCUGCCGGCCGCGCUGCUGCUGCUCACGCUGAUGGCGGCACUGUGCCUCUACACCGCGUACCUCUUGCUCACCGUCAACCGGCACCACGGCGGCGCGCGUUGCGAGGUGCCUGCGCUCUGCGGCCGGCUACUAGGCUCGGGCGCCGCCGCCGGGGCACACCUCUUCAGCCUCCUCGUACUGCUCGGCGCCACCGUCGUCUACUGGCUCCUCAUGGCCAACUUCCUCUAUCACACCGUCAACUACUUUAUGGAUUUAAGGCCAACGAAUGGUAGCAAGGACAUAACGGGGCUGCUGUGCCCAAAGCAAGAGGCUCCGUCGGUGGCCGCGGCGCCAUUCUCGCAAUACUGGGGGCUGCACACUACCGUGCCGCUGUACGUCGCGCUCGGCAUGUUCCCGCUUCUCAAUUUCCCCAAUGUCACAUUCUUCACCAAGUUCAAUUCAUUAGGCACGCUGUCGGUCGCCUACCUGGUGGUGUUCGUGGUGUACAAGGGCGCGUCGUGGGGCGUGCACCCGGCGGUGGGGGGUGCGGCUGGGGUGGCGGAGGCGGCGCAGACGACGCGCGGGGCGGGGCUGGACGCGGCGGCGCUGAGCGGCAUGCUGGCGCUCUCGUUCUACAUCCACAACAUUAUCAUCACCAUCAUGACAAAUAACCGCAAGCAGGAGAACAAUGGCAGGGACCUGUCGAUCGCGUUCCUGCUGGUGACGGUGACGUACACAGUGGUCGGCGCCGGCUUCUACAUCUGCUUCCCGUUGGACAAGGCCUGCAUCGAAGAUAAUAUCCUGAACAACUUCGAGAUGCACGACGUGAUGACGGCGGUGGCGCGCGCGCUGCUGCUCUUCCAGGUGGUGACGGUGUACCCGCUGGUGGCGUUCAUGCUGCGCUGUGAGGCGGUGCUGCUGCUGGGGCGCGCGGGACUAAGGGCUGCUAGGCUGGGGGCUGCGGGCGGACAGUCGCGCUGCCUGACGCUAGUCGUCAACGCUGCUAUCGUGGCGGUCUGCGUGCUGCUCGCCUGCCUCUGCCCCAAUAUCAGCACCGUCAUCAGGUACACGGGCGCGGUGAGCGGGCUGGUGCACGUGUUCGCGCUGCCCAGCUUGCUGCAGCUGCGCUCGCUGCGUCUGCGCGGCCGGCUCAGCUGUGGCAAGGUCGUACUUUACUCGGCUAUUCUACUCUUCGGCGUCGCCAACCUCGCCUUGCAGUUUUUUGUCACCUAACAAGUACCAAUACCAAGAAAUUACGAUAAACCGUUGUAUAACACUAUUGCUACAGUCUGAUGUCUUGUGUUAAAGUUAAAAUAUCGUUAAGUUUCGGUAAGUAUAUCGUAUCGGUAAGUUUUAAUCGCGAUCUCAUUUGUGUUAUUUUAUUAUAGUCAGUGGAUUGUGAAUGAUUCCGUAAGAUUAUUUAUGUGCAAAUAAAAUAUUUACGUAUCAUUUAAUGUUUCUAUCUAGUCAUUGUUAUUACAAAUAGGAGAUAAAUAAAACGUGUUAUUUGUAUUUUAGCAUUUAUUCAUAUAAAUAACAAAGAAAAACCAAUUGAAAAACAUUAAAAAAGUAUCACCUUCUGCCGCAUUCAGUUAUUUAACCGUUAAUUAAACAUUAACUUAGUGAUUAAUUAUUUUCAUACCAAAUAUAGUAUGUUAAGGUACUCCCUAAAUAACAUUAUAAAGAUUCUGAGUGCGGCAGAUAAUCUCGCUUAUAACUGAUUAUGUAAAACGAUGUAGUUUUAUUUUAUAAAAAUAUAAAAUAAGAAACAAUAAACAUUUUCAUUUAACA